AAGUGUUGGCUUUCUAAUAAACUACCUAUCCACAACCAUCGUCAUGGACCAAGGAGGCGACCAUGAACAAGCACCAAACGCGGAUGCUCUUCGCCCACGCUUCGAUCUCAGAGAAGCAGCCGAGACAAUUCGGUUGCAGAUUGAAGAGCGUGGCUACGCAGUGCCUGGGAUAUGCCGUAACUCUCUUUUUGGACUCCGGCUCGAGAUAACCGGAGUCUCCACAUCUGAACAUAUCAAUAAUCUAUAUUAG